AUGGAAAAUCUAAGAAAAGUGUUGUGGUUUAUCGAAGAAUUGAUUUACUUGAACUACGAAAAUGAAGACAUUUAUGAGAAAACAGAAAAACAAAUUGUAACAAGCUUAGAAGCUUUGUAUAAAGAUCUAGUGGGAGAAGAAAUUUCAAAAAAAUUGAACCAAAAAGAGUUAUUAAAAGAAUUGCUAGAUGAAAUUAAGAACCUUUUCAUUCUUUUGAAAUUGGCAAAAUGUGGAAAGCAUAAAAGGUGUAUCACAAAUCCUUGGGUUUAUAAUAUAUUUAAAUUUGUUUUGGAUGUUUUUGAAAAUCAGCAUAUUGUUAGCAUUAAUCAAGUAAAAAAAGAGUUGUUUGAAUAUGUAAGGAGUGAAAGAGAAAAAAUAAAAUAUAAAAAACACAUAGAAAGAAAAACAGAGAGUAAGGAGCUUACCAUUUUUAUGUACUUGUGUUUUACCUUUCUGUUUGAAGUAAAAAUUUUAUUAUGUAGUUUUAUUUUUUUAAAUAUUUUUACUCAAUAUAAUUGGACUGGGCCACCGUUAAAAUAUGACAUUCAUAUAGUAACAUUGAAAAAUACACAAAGAUACAAUGAAGACAAUUAUUUUAAGAAAUUUAUAGAGGCUUUACAAAUUAAAAAGGAAAAUUUUUUUAAUUCGUCUUUGGAUUUUUUAUCAUUAGAGGGGGUAUAUAUAUAUGAACAUUGUGAAUUAAUAAACUCUUUUUGUUUAUCCAUAAUUUUAUUAGGACUAGUAAACAAUUUUUGUAAGGAGGACCUUCCGUUUUUAAGUCUCGAUGAAUAUAACUUUUCGGAGAAAAACAUAAACAAUGCUAAUAAUACCAAUAAUAUUAAAGAGGAUCAGGUGUAUGGUAGUAGAGCUGACGUGAAUAUAAAAUCAACGACAAAAUAUAUGGGAGAUGAGGCUGUUACCAAUGAUAUGAAAGAAGAAAAAUGUUAUGAUAAUUUAAAUUGCGAUUACUUUAUAAAAAGUAAAUAUUUAUGGAAAGCAAGAAUUUGUUUUAUAUGGCAAAGAUUAUUUACUUCAUCAUAUAACGACUAUUUUUAUUCGUUGAAAAUUCAUAUAAUUGAUAAACCGAUACACAUAUUUAAAAAAAUAAAUUUAUUACCUACCGACUUUGAAAUAAUUGAGCAAGAAACCAUUUUAUGUAAAGUAGCUGAUAUAGUUGAUUGUUUAAACCAAGAUAUAAAAUAUGUAAAUGAUGUAAAGAAUGCAAAAUAUUGUGAUACAUUUCAUGAAAGCCACUUGUCUGAAAAAUUUAAAAUUUAUGUUUUAUCAAAUUUUUCUGUUUAUCUUACUUAUUAUAAUUACACCAGGGGGUAUCAAAAAUUGCUGAACGUACUAUCAGAUAUGAGCAAAUUUCAUUACUUUUUCACUGGUCGACUGGGAAUAAAAAGGAAGUACCAGAAAACUCCUGCCACUAUAUUAGUACUAAAGGCGAAAUCAGGAGAGGAAGAAGAUAACACGUCAACAGUUUUAAAAGAAAUAGAACCCCUUAGUGAAUACGAUAUUUUAAGGAGUGAUUACAGAAUAAUAGAUAAUAAUAAAUCUAUAGAUGAACAAAAGUUAAAUAAACGUGAAAAGGAAAAUCAAGAAAAAGAAGUAUACGUAGAAGUAGAAGAAGAUUUAAUAGCAGUACAGGAGAUGAAGGCAAAGAGAGAAGAAAUAGAAACACAGAAUAUGAAUGAAGAACCAAUAUUGAGUGAGGAAAACUGUACAGAUGUAGAAGAGGAAGAAAAAAGAACUUCAAAAAAUAAUGGUGCCAAAAAGGAGGGAACGAACUGUACUAACAAGUUUAACGAUGAGUUAAAUAAUAUCACUAAUAAUUGUAGAGAACAAAAUAUUGAUGGUAAGAACAAAAAAGGGGAGGAUAGCAAAAAUAGCAAUGCGGAUGAUACGUGCACUGGUGAAUUGUCGCGUAAAAAUGACGACGCCAAGUUUAAGGGUCAGAUAAUAUGCAGUAGUUUCAGGAAUGAACAGGUAUAUGAUGCAAAGAAUACUAUUAAAGAUGAAUGUAUAUUAAAGGCUGAAAAAAAAGAGGAUGUGAACAAUAUUAGAAUGGAAAUCCCCCCCAAAAAAAACGACAAAACGGAACAGUGCUUGGAAGACCCCAAUGCUAAAGUAACAUGGAAAUUAAAAGAUUUAGACCCAGAUACAGAUAUAUUAGAAGAACCAAAUUUUGUCGAUUCGCAGAAUAAUUGUUUUAAAGUUUUGUUUUUCCAAGAACAAAUAACGUUAAUUAAUUUUUGCUUCUCCUUGAUUAAAUUUAAUCCUCAUUAUGACGAAAUUAAAUUUGAAAAAUUAAGUGCAGUAAUAUCAAGAUGUUUAAAGUGCUAUGAUGUUAGUUCUGAAAUGAACUUUGACGAACGCAGAAGCACAAAUAAAAGGAAUAAUUUAUUACAAAAAAAAAAUCAAAAUUGGCUACUUUAUUCUUGUUUUUUAUGGUUUAAAUGUAAAUACGAAACGUUUAGACUUAAAACAGUAGAUCGAGCAGCAGCUCAAUUAAAUGAAUUGUUGAAAGAAUGUUAUGAUAUGAAACCUGAAGGUGCAGAAAGGUUGAGAUUUAUGUAUGAUGUAUAUUACCCAACCAUUUGGGAGUUGAAAAAAGAAAUAGGGAAUGUUAUGAUUAAAACUGGCUCUGUUGUAUCAGCUUUCAAUCUUUUUAAAGAUUUAAAAUUAUGGGAAGAGGCUAUUACAUGCUUAAUUGAAGCCGACCGAAAAGAAGAAGCAAAAGAAUUAUUAGAUGAUUUACUUAAAAAAAAAAAGACACCUUGUUUAUUAUGUUUAUACGGUUUAAUAGAUAGAAAUAAUUCUCUAAACUAUUAUGUAGAGGCAUGGAAUUUGUCAAAGUUUAAAUAUGCAAAGGCAGCUAUAUUUAUUGGAAAAUAUUAUUACAAUAAGGAAAUGUACAAAGAAUGUUGUGAAUAUUUAAAAAAAGCUUUAGAGAUUUCCCCUUUGUGUCCAGAUAUUUGGUUUAUUUUAGGUUACUCUUAUAUGAAAAUAGAAAAUUUUGAUGAGGCUAUAAAAGCCUUUACGCGAAUGAUUAGUAUGACGAAUGAAAAUUCAUCUAAGUCAUAUGGAAAUUUAGCAUAUUUAUAUAUGAAACGAGGUACAUAUAAAGCUGCAAAGAUUUGUAUAAACGAAGCUGUAAAGGAUAAUAAUAAUGAAUGGAAAUAUUGGGAUACGUAUCUAAAAUUGUCCAUUUUGCAAAAUGAUAUAGAUAGUUUUUGUUUAUCUUUAAGUAUGUUAUGUAAAUUACAUCAAGUAAAGCAAAUACAGCCUUGGAUAUUUGAUUACAUUUCAGAUCAUAUUGUGAAGGAUAAACCCACAAUAAUUCCAAGUAAAAAUGGUUUAUGUUAUUUAGAUAAAAUUAUUACUACUAUGGAUAAUAUAUCUUCUUAUAUUUCUGAAUAUGACUCCUUUUGGAAUGCAUAUUCCUUUUUCCUUUUUAUAAAGGGAAAAUAUGUUGAUUCAUUUGAAGCAAAAGUUAAGGAAAUACGAUCUAUUGAGAGUAUAAUACAAAAAUGUAACACGAAAAGGUUGAUCGACACAUUAAUUUCUAAGCAAGUAACUGCUAUCAAAUUUUUACAUCAUAUGAUAAAAAAUAAUUACCUCGAAGAUAAAAAAGGAACGUUUGUAUAUCAACUGAAGUACAUUAUUGAAUCAAUUUUGAGGCAAUGUAAAGACAUGAAGCAACAUGAGAUAAAUGAAUUAUCAGAAAUUAUGGUAACUAUAAAAUGA